AUACCCCCUCCACACCAUUUCAAGCUUCUUCAUCCAGUCCCUCUUCCUUUUCCUACAUCACAUUUCUCUUUGUUUUCCCAAAGAACUCCAUGGCUAAGCUUCUUGUGCUUUCUUCUUGGUCUCAUUGCCAUCUCCAUGCUUCAAACUAUGGUUAUGGCAUCACAUGGACAUGGCGGUCCCCAUUACGAUCAAAAACGUUAUGGCCCUGGAAGCCUCAAGGUUAACCAAUGCCCAUCGGAGUGCACAAGGAGAUGUAGCCAGACCCAGUACCACAAACCAUGCAUGUUCUUCUGUCAGAAAUGCUGCAGGACAUGCCUGUGUGUGCCCCCAGGGUAUUACGGGAACAAACAAGUUUGCCCUUGCUACAACAACUGGAAGACCAAGGAAGGAGGCCCCAAAUGCCCUUAAAUUUAGUACACCAAGAAAACCCCUUUAUUUUAUUAUUAUUUCCUUAAUUAUUAUGGUUAAGCAUGAAGUUGUUGCACUGUAAUGCUAACUUUAUAUUUAUGAUGUUGGUUGUUACUGGUGGGUUUAUGUAGUUUUUGGAUCUGGGUUUUGUACCAAUUUGUGUCACCCCAUUAAAUGAGAGUGGCUAACCUUUGCUCUACUUAUUAAUGAAGAUGGCGUUAUUUA